GUUUUGGCUUGCGCUUCGAGUUCUUUGCCUGGACUCCUUGGAUUCUCUUCUUCCUUUCUUUCUUUCUUCUCAACUGGCUCCCUGGCUCUUUCGUCCAAGCUUCUGACUCGCCAUUCUUCUCCAUCAUUUAUCAUCGCAUUCCUUGAUGACAUUCUUUUCUUCGAUCCCCCCGUUCCUGAUAGCUACCUAGCUCUCACGCGACCUUUUAUCCCCCCCACCUCCCCAAAUACGCUGAUCGCGAUCCUUGAGCUCCGACUCAACCAUCAUACCAAACUGCGCAGUGUCAAAUACUUCCCUUCUGUCAAAUCGAUACGAACUAGAUUCUUCGGAGAUGACUCCCUCCUAGACGCUUUCCACUUCGGACGUGUCGAAUCAGCUGGUUCUCGUGCAUGAUAAUGCAGAUGGGACGUCAAUUACCUGUAAUAUCGAUGUCGCUAAUCUAAGCUUCAUGGUGCUUGAUACUGUUCCCCGCGCCCCAUGAGAAUGGAGCAUGUCUCAACUCUGUGUGCGGUUAGCACCGUCGGUAUUGCAGCAACCGGCUUCGCGCUCGGUCGCGUAGAGCAGAAAUCCCCGCCAUCGAGUCGGCUCCGAAAUAAGAUCCAUCCGCAAGGCGGAUGCGCGCCCGCAGCCACCGACGCUGCCACCUUCCCCCCGCUCGAUACUUCGCGACCACGAACCCGGCACACCUCUGUCGCGGUGGAUUUGGCGUCUCCCACAGAUACCGGCCCUCGUGUCCACGAUGAUGUGGUCGGUCUAGGCUGUUCGGACGAGCCAUCACGGCCGAAAUCAUCUUUUGGGGGGAUAAGAUUACGGCGCCGCGGUCAAACUUUCUCGACCACGUUGUCGCCAGCCCCAAAGGAUGAUUUACCCGUUUUACAUGACCGUCGGCCCUCGUCGUCAUGGGUCCGACGGCUCUCAUUCCAGCCAGACAAGCGCCCGUCGUGCCAAAGCCCCGUCUUCCCGUCCUCCGACGGGCCCGCAAGUCCAGUAUACUCGCGCCCGUCGAGCCAACGCCGGCCGCCCAACAAAUUGGUCAAACGGCCCACUUUACAACACAACAUCAACCCGUUGUUUGAGAGUGCGCCGUCUUCUCCGUUGACUCCCACCUUUCACAGACCAGCGACGAGCUAUCAGCGAUCGGGUCAUCUCGGGCACAAGGCAACACACAGCUUAAACUUUGAACCGAGCUCUUUCGCCGAUCCUCGGGUGCAAUCCACUACAGAUGGUGCUCCACAGACGGUCGACUCCUGGCGGCCAUACCUAAGAACUAGCCUCGGCGGAUCCCUUGACAGGCUAACGCGCAGGUUCUCAACGAACACAAAACCUAGAGAUUCGGGACUACGACGAAUUCUUCCCAGCUCCGACACAGCCCCAGCACUCCUCCUGGGCACCUCCGUCGCAUCCAAGGAAAUUUCUAACACUGUCGAUCCAGAAUGGCGUGCCCUUGGAUCUCCGGUUCACUUCCGCAAUCCAUUCCAGCAGAGUGCCUCCGCCCAAAGAGAAGAACCAGAGUCACCUUGUGUGCCAAGCCACAAUGAACGUGGGCCAUUGCACUCCCACGAUGAAGCAGACCUCCAAUGCGAAGAUAACAGUCCCGAGGCUGUAGGUGGUGGUGGGGGAGCCGGCGACUUUGCUCUGGACCGUCCAAAAUGCAGGGCAGCCUCGACCCCUUUGCCCAACCAAGCAAAACUGGAAGGAGCCAACGUGGCAUCCUCCAUUCAAGAGAGGCGCAACGUUUCCCAUCCAGCUGGAGUCCGUGCUCGAACCCCAACGGUUUCAGAAACAGGUGAUCCUUUUUCGUUGGAUCUAGAUGUCAUAGGAGCUAGACGCAAAUUCGUCCCGUCCUAUUCGCAGCCGGAUAUAGGCAAUCUGCGGGAAAGUAGACAGCGUCCCAUGACCUCGGAUUCAGCCAUUCCGUCCACACAUCAAGGCUCAAUGCGCCAUCGACCUAAGCGUCAUUCAAUUGCGGCUUCUGAGCCCACCUCCACCGUCAUUGGUUCUGACGACACUCAUGUUUUUACGUCGAGUGAGGAAGAUGACACGGACUUUUUGAGUGAUACCGCCUUCGACUCGAUUCGCACUCACGUCACAAGCAGUAGCUCGGGACUCCACACUGCUCGUAUCGAGUCUAUCUUCGAUAAGUCGAUUCCACUGGGCAUUGCGGAGGACGCGUCAACGCCUCUUGGAAACCCGGACUCGUGCGAUUUCUUCGCCCCCCAGCAACGCGAGAAGAGUCAUUUUGACAAGGACGCCGACAAAGUACCCGCUCUCGUUUCGACCCGGCCCGCGCCUGAUGAGAUCAAUAUGUCCGAAGGAAACAGCGGGAUCUCGUUCAUCUCCGAUCUGACAGACGACGAGGAUACGCAUAGUCUCAUCGCUGCUUUGCCAGGGGACACCAUGGGUCAGGCUCUACCCCCGAAGGGCCCGCCGUUAUCCUUGACCACCCAUAAUCUUAAUCGAGGCAAGGCUAAGCCCUCGCUCCCGGAUAAGGAACAAGAGACUCCCGUGGAGAUGCAAGGUCACGCACAAUAUGGCUUACCAGGUGUCACUAAUGGGGCUCCCGGAACCACCCCAAGAAUGAAUAUUUUCGAUUGGUCUGAACAACCGAAACCCGACCGCGAAGCCUGCGGGCCUGACUGGCGGCCACGGACCGUUCAUGGGAAGCAUGGACCGGAACUCCGUGGGAGCCGAGCGCCGUCACGAAAAGUCCCAAACGCCCUACACCUCCGAAGCCAGAGCGUUCCCGUCUCGAGAGAUAUAGCAACUGCUCAAGACUCUCGACGAACCUCGGGGAAAUAUGGAACCUGGGGUUUGGGCAGCAAAGGAGUCAGUGAGGACUGGGACAGCGACUUUGAUUUCGAUGAAUCGGACGAAAAUAACACCAACGAUAACACUAGGCCCCGCAAAAACCUCUCCGAGAGUGUUAUGGUAGUACCUCAGGCUAUCAUGGAGCGACAAGCCAGUCUGCAUGGACAAUUCGGUCAGGUUCAGGAACUGACCCUCCUCGUGGAAGAGCUGAAACGACUUCGACAACGAGCCAGCUUCUUGGGCAUUGUUCAGGGGCCCUCAAGUGAGCUGUGGAAAGAAGCAGAGGGUAUCGUUGACCUAGCCACCCUGGACGACGAAGAGGACCAUCUUUCACCCCCGGGAUCGCCGGCUUCUCUUACCUUCAGCUUCGAUGAUUCGGAGGGCGAGAAGUCGACUACGAAUGGCCUUUGGAAGCGGUCUAGCGGUGUGUCCUGGGGUGCUGCACUCUCAGAACAACCCCAUCGAAUCUCUUCGGAGUUUCCUAUCCCAGAUCAUAAGGAAAACUCUGUGCUGGACAUGAUCUAUCAGCAACGUGUCUCACAUGAACCCGCCUCCAACGGAUCGCAUCUCACGCCUCCCAAAAAACUCCCCUUCGACACGCAGUCCCUCCAUAGUCUCGUCAACCGAGCCGGUGUCGUCACGCGUGCACUGAAAGAAGUCAUCCGCAAAGCGGACGAAGUCCCAAGCGGCCCUCAUGACGUUCAUACUUCCGCUCCUCCAUUCAGCCAAAUAUUCAAUCGACCUUCUAAUGACAGCCUUUCGUGUUUCGACAGUCUCGUUGGCUAAAACGCAAUGUUUCUUUUUGUUUUCCGCAUUGCUUUAUUUGAUGAGCCCUUCCCAGCGUCUGAAGAUCACAUGUGCGUGCUUGCAUUAAACGUUUCUUUUCCAUGAUUUUUUUUCUUCUCUUCUUUCUUGAAAGAGUCAUAUCCGCACUGGAAGUCCUCCUUCGAUGGAGGCCCUGUUUUGUACAAGAGCCUGUUGGUGUAUAUCCCUUCCUUCUUUUCGUUUCUUUCUUUUCAUCGGGCCCUUCAAACCCUGUCUGGAGUACUCUGGUGGUUUGUUUUCUUUCCAAGCAUUUCCCAAGGAUGGGAUGUUGACACCCGUCCAACAUUGCUAAAGGCAUUCGGUGUAUGGAUUUCGUGUUUCUUAUGGUUUUAAAAUGGUGGGCAGGGUGAAAUGUGUAAUCAUGUUGGGGCUUUCGCGUCCAAGGGCAGUCAUGGACUAGAGUAUUAUGUCUCCUUUAAUCUACAAUUUAGA